AUGGCUGCAGUAACGAAAAAAAUUUUUGGUCAAUUAAAAAGUCCUGAAUUUAGGAGUUACUUAAUGAGCACUCAUUUUUGGGGACCCGUUGCAAAUUGGGGAAUUCCUUUAGCUGCCAUUAGUGAUAUAAGAAAAAAUCCAAAAUAUAUCAGUGGAAAAAUGACUCUUGCCUUGUGCGUUUAUUCUCUUAUUUUUAUGAGAUUUGCCGUCAGAGUUCAACCAAAAAAUUUACUUUUAUUUGCAUGUCAUUUAACUAAUGAAUGCGCUCAAUUGGUUCAGGGAGUUAGAUUUAUUAAUUAUAAUUAUGUAGAAAAAAAUAAUGAUAAUAAUCUUUGA